UCCGGCCUCGUCGCCUCGGCCUCGCCUCCUGCGCCCCAAUUUUAAGACCACCUCAAAGCAAAAUUUAGACCACCCAAACCCAGACGCAAAUCCCAUUCCCACCCCUCCCCUCCGUCGUCCCCACCGCCAGCGCCACCGCUCCCCUGCGAGGGCGAGAGGCCGUACAUCCGCGACGAUGCUGCUCGUGAGCCAGGCCGCCAACGGCUCCCUCUCGGCGCGGCGGCUGCCGACCAAGCCGCCGGGCCCAGCCACGCCCAACCCCUACCCGCUCUUCGCCAACCCCCGCCUCCCGCGCCGCCGCCUCGCGCUCUCCGGCGCCGGCGCCGACCAAGCGCCCCGCCGCGCCCCGCCGGCCCCGGCCGCCGCGGGCGAGGGCCCCUCCGGCUCCUCCGCCGCCACCGAGGACCCCGUCCUCGUCCGCGUCGCCGACGACGGCGUGCCCCUCGAGGGCGUCAUCCAGAUAGAGAAGCCCGGCGACGCCGGCGCCGAGUCCAAGCUUGUCUCCUACGCGAAGUUGGGGCUCCUUGCCGGCGGGGACGUGCUCUGCCUGCUGCUGUUCUCCGCGAUAGGGAGGUUCAGCCACGGGCUGCCCGUGCUCGACGCGGAGACGUUCAAGACGGCCGACCCCUUCAUUGCUGGGUGGCUGCUAAGCGCCUACCUCCUUGGUGGAUUUGGCGAUGAUGCGAAAGGGCGCAAUGGCGCGGGGAGUGCUGUUAUCACCGCGGCUAAAUCAUGGGCUGUUGGGAUACCGUUGGGACUUGCCAUCCGAGCAGUGACAUCUGGUCAUAUUCCACCAACUCCUUUUAUCUUGGUAACGAUGGGAAGUACAGGGGUCUUGUUAACAGCUUGGCGUGCCCUGGUUUCUCAAAUCCUUUCUGUUGGACAACAGCAGCAGGAUGAUGACUACAGGCGUGGAAGUCCUUUUGAGCUUUUUGAGUUACUGACUUCAUUGGUGCGGAGGUGGUGAUUCUGAAGGCUGAAGCCACAAAAACCUUUAUUGCCGACCACCACCAGGUUCAACUACCUGCGUGUAAGUACAAUUUUGAAGGUGAAGAAGAGCAGGCUAAAACCUACUUCGGAACAUAUGCCGGAUCAAACAUUCUUUGACAAGAUCACACCUGCGACUCUUAUGGAUAAGUAUCUUAUCCAUGUUACUUGAUCAAGCACUUGUAAAAUUAUAAUCUGUAGCUUGACUCAUCCUAAUCAAUAAACGUGGCCUCUUGCUCCGGCAUCUUGGUUUCCA